AUGGGUGAUAUGAAUCAGUCAGAGUCCUCCAACUUCAUCCUGGUGAGCCUCUUCAGCAAAUCAGGUUCACAUGAACUCCUUCUCUGCCUGGUGGCUGCCAUGUUUAUCAUUUGCCUUCUGGGAAACACUGUUUUACUCUUCAUGAUCUGGUUGGAUUCCAGACUCCACACACCAAUGUACUACCUGCUGAGUCAGCUUUCCUUCUUAGAUGUUUGUUUCCCCAUGAUCACCAUACCCAAGAUGGUAUCAAAAUUCCCUAAGAAAGAGAGCUUGAUUUCCUUUGGAGGUUGUGCUGCACAAAUAUUUUUCCUGACCUUGAUAGGUGUGGCUGAAGGAGUCCUGCUGGCUCUCAUGUCUUAUGACCGCUUUGUGGCAGUGUGCCAUCCCCUACAGUACCCUGUACUCAUGAGACAUCAGAUAUGCAUGUUUAUGGUGGCAUUUUCCUGGCUAGCAGGUGUGCUCAAUGGCUCCAUCCAGACUUCCAUAACUCUGAAUUUUUCCUACUGUGCCUCUCGAGUUGUUGACCACUUUUUCUGUGAGGUUCCAGCCCUGCUGAAACUCUCCUGUUCAGAUACCUCCAUGUAUGAGUUGGCACUAUCCAUCUCUGGGGUAUUGAUACUCAUGCUCCCCCUGUUGCUAAUCAUCACCUCAUAUGGCCAAGUUUUGAGGGCUGUUCUACACAUGCAUUCUCAGGAAGCCCGGAAUAAGGCAUUUACUACUUGCUCUUCACACAUCACAGUUGUGGGACUCUUUUACGGUGCAGCAGUGUUUAUGUAUAUGGUACCUGGUUCAUAUCAUAGCCCAUACCAGGACAACAUGAUCUCCCUUUUCUAUAGCCUCAUCACCCCUACUCUUAACCCCCUCAUCUACAGUCUGAGGAACAGAGAGGUGCGUAUUGCUUUCUUAAAAUUGCUUAACAAAUUAAAAAGCAGGCAAAAUUGA